AUGGCUCAUAUAGUCAACUGCAUGCUGGAGGCGGAUCAGGAUCAUAUUAGCCAUAGCCAGUCUGCCACAAUGCCUGGCUCUCCAGUAUCCCGAUCUGAAACUCCGUCAGAGAAGCCUGACAAGGCAUACGUCUGGAGAAUGUACCAGCCAGAACGCAAGUAUCAGCUUUUCCCCCGGAAGGAGCAGCCGCAAGCUGCCCAAGGGAAGGGCCUUGACCCGGAGCAGGCCUUCGCCCUCGCCAUGAACCAGACCAGCAACAGCGAAAAGUCUGAUAAGUCACCGCCUGGAAGCGGACUGAGGCUAAGGAUCAAAGAGCACAACCUGAACCGCCGGCGCAAAGUCAGCGUACCGGAGCUCGGCCCCAUGACCACGGUGCAGGAGGUUCCCAUGGACUCUCCAACGAUUCCUGGCCGCCCACCUCUACACGAGAGGUCCAUCAGUGCUCCUGGACAGAACUGGAAGCACCACCACCUCGCAGAAGUCAUGAUUCCUACGCCGUCUCUCGUUGAGGAAGUCACUGAGCUCGGCAGCAGCAGCGAAUCUGGAAGCCCAGCCAACAUCCCCAAGAGCCGAUCGCCUCUAUCGCCAAAAAGCCUGGCACCGCUAGUCAUUCCCGCUCAGGGUGUCCCUGUACCGAGACUCAACCGGCAGAGGUCCUUGAAUCGCUCACGAGCUGGCAGCACCCCAAUCGAGUCAAGCACUGCCCCUCGAUCGACCAGAACGGACGAGUCUCCCGUGAUGCGCACACCAUACACUCCUCUGUCGUCUAGUUUGACAACCCCGAGAUCAGCAUCGACCGUCCACACGAACUCGACCGUGCCGACUCCCGUGACAGCCCCCAUCGAAUGUCGAGCCUCGCCGAAGCCAUGGGAGAGCUCAUCUACGAUGACGCCUCUGACUGAGCACAAAGAGACAACAUUCCUCGACCUCAGCGCCACUCCAAAAGGCGCCUCCUCGACUGCCAACUCGACACCUGUUGCUUUCGCUUCCGAGACUCGGCCUCCUGUUUAUCACAAUGCCAGUGGACAUAAGAGGAACCAAUCGGAAUCGUCAGGCAGCAUCAUGGAGCGGGGUCGUCCACGCAAAAGAUGCGACAUAAUACCCGGGGGUAUUGUUGUGGGCCGAUCUAUAUCCAAGAGGAGCAGGAGUGCCGACAGGCGUGCGUUUGAGAGCCUGCCUCAAGGCUGGAAGUCGACAGAAGCGCCCAACACGCUGCCACACAAUGAGGCAGUUGCACUGCAGAAACAGGCGUUGCAGCAAGCUGCACGAUUCGAGGUCCUUAGGAAGGAGGACGUUGAGGCUCUGUCCAGGGAACUACGCCAAUUGGACGAGCGCACCGAGUAUCUCCGUCGCACUUACAAUUCUCUUCGGGCUGGACGACGCAACCUGCAUGCACGAAUCUGCCAGUAUCUGAGAUCGCCUCGCUUUGCCAAGUUUAGCCAUGACUCGAUGCUCAAGCAGGAGGAAGCACUUGCCGAGCUCGACAACUCGAUCGACGACUGGGUUGGCAAACUUGAGCAAGCCGAGAAUAGGCGCACUCGAGUGCGGCAAAAGCUGCUCGAGCACGUUGCCGCCGCGGCCACGAUGCCCUUGAGCCCUGGAAGUGUGCAUGGUGUCAGCGAGAGCUUGCAAAUGGCAAUUGGCAUUAGAUCGCCUCACUGCCUGGCAAGCAACGGUGCUGGCAACAUUUCGACCCCUCCCAGGAGCCCAACUCGGCAGCAAAUCUACAUCUCCUCGGCUCAGCAAUCUCCUUCGCCGAAGCGCUUUGUGCCCUCUACCAUUAUGGAGCAGCCAAUCGGCGAAGAGACUGCCACCGCCGAGGAGGUUGAGGCACACCGCCGUGCCGUUGAGAGCAUUCGCGUCUAUGCCGGCGAUGAUGUCUAUGCACUCUUGGCAGACGUUGAGAACGAGUUCACCAAGAUGAGCACCAACGAUGGCGCACCAGCUGAAAAGCAGGAGCAACCUGACGAAAAUCUUUCCGAGGAUGAACUUCGUAACGUGCACCGUGCCCGCAGCCACGAAAUGCUCAACAGCCUGUCCAAGAAGUCGUCGGACAACAGUAUCUCAAGCAUCAAGACCUCAUCACCUGUCCGCCCAACUGCUGCCACGCUUAAGCAGCGGAGGUCCUCGAUCAAGCCAAAACCCGCGCCUGUUACCGCAGUCGAAGGGGAAAUCUUUCUCACCAAUGCCGUCUUCAAGCCUUGA